GUGUUUACUGUACAGUUUACACUACUCGCUUGUUGCUGUUGGUCCAACUUCUCAAUCUCAUUGUUCCUUCUCCGCACGUCUCCCACCUAAAAGCUGAUUCCGAAUCGGAAAAUAUCGAAUUCUGGUGCCGUUAAGUAAGAUUGAAGGCUAAAACGACGUCGCCGGGGAUUGCAAUGGCCGGCCGGGGAUCCACUAAUCGGGUCUAUUCCGGCCCCAGUUUCGGAUCUCGAGUUUCAUUUCUCAUGCUCUCAAUGUUUGCCGCUAUGGCUUCUCUUUAUGUCGCCGGCCGAUUGUGGCAGGACGCGGAGAGUAGGGUUUAUCUUAUUACGGAGCUAGACAGGAGAACGGGUCAGGGCCAUUCAUCGAUUUCUGUAGAUGAUACUUUGAAACUCAUUGCUUGCAGGGAACAACAGAAGAGGCUAGGUGCACUUCAUAUGGAGCUUGAAAAAGCUAAGCAAGAAGGUUUUGUGUCAAAUCGUGUCCCAGAUAAUAGUGGGAAUCAUUCAAAGAAAAAACUUCUGGCGGUUUUAGGGAUCAUUACAAAGUUUGACCGCAGGAAAAACAGAGAAGCAAUUCGUAGAGCUUGGAUGCCAACUGGCAGUGCUCUAAAAAAACUGGAGGAGGAAAAUGGUAUAGUUGUACGAUUCGUCAUAGGAAGAAGUGAAAAUCGUGGAGACCAUUCAGAUAGGGACAUUGAGGAUGAAAAUAGGCACACCAAUGACUUCAUUAUUCUUAAUGAUCAUGUGGAGUCCCCUGAAGAGCAAGCCAAGAAGACAAAGUUAUUCUUCAUUCAAGCUGUGGAGAACUGGGAAGCUGAGUUCUAUGCUAAGGUCAAUGAUGAUGUCUUUAUUAAUCUUGAUGCUGUUGGUGCGGUGCUCGCCAGUCAUAUGGAUAAGCCUCAUGCUUACAUUGGGUGUAUGAAGUCUGGGGAAGUUUUCUCUAAACCAGGGCACAAAUGGUAUGAACCAGAUUGGUGGAAAUUUGGUGAUGGAAAAUCGUAUAUCAGGCAUGCUUCAGGUGAAAUAUUUGCCAUAUCAAAGGCUUUAGCUCAGUUUAUUUCCAUCAACAGAUCAAUUCUUCGAAUAUACGCCCAUGAUGACGUGAGUGCUGGGUCCUGGUUCAUUGGACUUAAUGUUAAACAUGUUGAUGAAGCGAAAUUUUGCUGUUCAUCCUGGUCAUCAGGAUCUGUAUGUGGUGCUGUGUGAUUUAAUGUGCCUACACACUUCAAAGGUUACAUAUUAAAUGUCAAGGAAGAUAUGAAUUUACUCCAAUUCAUUCAUUACAAUGCAACUUAGAAGGUUACAAGCUCAUGGUAAGUUUUGAUUGUCAAACAAAACCCAUCGCGUAAAUAUUGAUAGAGGACAGGCAUUGGUCUAUGACGAGGCACAUCGAUUUGCAAAAACAACUUGGCCCCAGUUCUUGUGAAAAGACUUGAUCUUGGUUCAUUUGUAAAUGAAUUGUGAUACACUGAACUUAACCGAAGAGUUCAUGCAAAUGUAAUUUAACUUGUGAUGAAUGGAUAUGACUAUCACAGUGUCUUUACUGGUUUUCCCC